UCAUUUUGAUUAUAAUUAUUAAUUACUGUUUUUUUUUUUUUAAAUCGGUUAGUUAACCGGUUAACGGUUAUUAUGGCUAUUAUUUUCUUAAGUUUUUUUUCCAAUCGAUUGUCUUAACAGAUCUAUUCAACAUUUCCAGGCACAAAGUUAUUGAACUCACAGUACUGCAAACAAAAGAAAAACAAGCUGUGCUGAUAAGUCAGCUUAAAAUAAAUGUGUAUAAAUAUCGGUUUGGAAACUUGUUAAUCUGUAGAUUGUCGAUCCGAGUCACAUCCGGAUUGCAAUGCUGCCGGAGCGCCGGGGCUUCCGUCCGUUUGAUCAGUUUUGGACGCGAUCCGAGGGAGGCUGCAGCCGCACGGAGCGCGGAAACAUGUACAUUCUGAUAUCGCUGGCCCUGAUCCUGCUGCACCUGCUCCUGCUGCCCAUCUACUUGUACCUCACCUGGCACCACAAGUACUGGCGCAAGCGUGGCUUGAUCACGGCUCGACCUUUGACCCUGCUGGGCACAUAUCCCGGCCUGCUCACCCGGAAGAGCAACCUAGUCCAUGAUGUGCAGCUGAUAUACGACAAAUACAAGGGCAAACAUCGUGCUGUGGGCGUUUUUGUGACCCGUCAACCGCAGAUCCUGGUUCUCGAUCCUGAGCUGGCCCACGAAGUGCUGGUCGAGAACUUCCGCUGCUACAAGGACUCGCUGACCAGUUCGUACAUCAGACAUGCCAAGUGGGACAAGUACGCCCGCCUGAAUCCUUUUUGGGCAUCUGGCAAGUCCUGGCGGCGCCUUCGCACAGAUGCCCAGGCAGGAAUCUCGGGACAUCGCCUGAAACAGGCCUAUAACAUUUGGGAGCAGGGUGGCAAGAUGCUAACCGACUACAUGACGCAGCAAAUUACAGAUCAAAAUAAUAUACUUGAGACCAGGGAUCUAUGUUUUAGGUAUACGGCCCAUGUGAUGGCUGAUUUUAUCUGGGGCAUCGAUGCCGGAACCCUUACUCGACCCAUGGAGCAGCCCAAUAAGGUGCAGCAAAUGGCCAGCAAGUGGACCAGUUAUGCCUUCUAUAUGAUCUCCAUUUUCAUGGCCUCCAUUGUGGCCCCUUGCAGUCGUUUACUAUUGCGUUUCCGCUUCUAUCCCAAGGAAACCGAUGAGUUUUUCUCAAAUUUAACCAGGGAAUCCAUUGAGGUGCGACUUAAAGGCGGCGGUGAUGCCUCUCGCACAGAUUACCUUUCACAUCUGCUGCAGCUUCGUGAUCAAAAACAGGCCACCCACGAUGAUUUGGUGGGUCAUGCCUUGACCGUCAUGUUGGAUGGUUACGAUACCACCGGCACAGCUCUGCUCCAUGCUCUUUAUUAUUUGGCGGAGUGUCCAGCUGUUCAGCAAAAGCUGCGCAUGGAGAUCCUCUCCAACUUGGAAUGCGACAAAAGUCUGGACUUUGACAAGCUCUGCAACCUGCCAUAUUUGGAGCAAGUGGUUUAUGAGUCCCUCCGACUGAGCAGUUUAAUUCCCCAGUAUACCAAAGUUUGCACUUUUCCCACCAUUAUUCAGCUGAGUGAAUUCAAGAGACUGAAUGUUGAGGACGGCAUGACCAUUAUGAUACCCAACUAUCAAUUCCAUCACGAUAAGAUGUAUUUUCCCGAACCCGAAGUUUUCAAACCCGAGCGUUUUGAUAAUGGCACAUAUCAGGAAUUAAUGCGAAAGGGUAUAUUUCUUCCAUUUAGCGAUGGUCCGCGUAUUUGCAUGGGCAAACGAUUGGCUCUGCUGACUUUGAAAUCUGCUCUCGUUCACAUACUCAGCGAUUUUCAAGUGGUCAGGGGAAAGGAACGCUUGAUACCCAGUGGAGAUGCUGGAUUUGGGGUUGUUCUUCAGGGAAAUGUUAAUCUGGAAUAUCGCCGCUUUUUAAGAUAGAAUUGUUUAUUAAUUAAUACAUUCAAGGUAUAUGAUUUUAUGAUGAA